GAAAGUUGUGGGAACUCAGAAAGGCCCCAAAAUAUAAAGGAUGACUUGGAAAAAGCAGUCAUGGAGCGAAAUUAUUGCAACAAUGUGAAAAAAAAAAGAUGUUUGUUUGCCCACAUUGGUCCUGUACUUGGUGGGAAACUGAUGUGAUCCAAUGUUUCAAGUCUCCUCUCAUGAUUCAAAAUUUUCUCCAAGUUCCCAUGGUGAAAUUAUUCAUGUAAUUGCGAUCUAUUGUAAUAAUAAAAUCGACACAGAAGGAGAAUAAACAAAGCCAUUUCUCAGCUUGUUCUUGCAUGAGUCUGCAUCCAUGGAUAGCUUCUCACUCCUCAAACCUAUCACUAAUUUUUUCUUCUUUCUUCUACUAAAUUAUCAUCUUGCAUUUGCCAUUUCCAAGCCUCCUUACACCCCAACUGACAACAUACUUACUAAUUGUGGCACUUCGGGCGAGACAACUGCACCUGAUGAUCGCACAUGGACUGGUGACGACAACUCCAAAUUUGGUCCUAUAGAGCAAUCUAAUAGCAAAUCGCUUCCUGCCACCGCACUUAGCCAAGGCAGCUCCGUCGAGUCUGUCCCUUACAUGACAGCCCGCAUCUCUCGAUCCCAGUUUAUGUACACUUACCCUGUCACUGCAGGUCAAAAAUUUAUCCGUCUCCACUUUUACUCUGUUUCAUAUCAGGGUGGAUUUAACAGGUUUAAGGACUUCUUCGAUGUCAAGUCGGGGCCCUUCACUUUACUUAGGAACUUCAGUGCUUCCUUCUAUGCUGAAGCUGGGGGUAACGAUUUUUUCUUUAAAGAAUUCUGCGUAAACGUCGCAGAGAACCAGCAAUUGAAUCUGACGUUUUUUCCUUCCCUGAGUGAUUCAAAUGACUCGUAUGCUUUCAUCAAUGGCAUAGAGAUUUGGUCUAUGCCAUCCAACCUUUACUAUACGCCACCUGAGGGUUUAGGUCUCACUUCUAUUGGCAAGAAGGACAAGUUUUUCAUCCGAAAUGACACCGCACUGGAGAAUAUGUGUAGAUUUAAUGUUGCAGGCGGCACAAUCUCGCCAGUACUCGAUACUGGCAUGUAUAGAUUAUGGAGGGAUGACGCUCUCAACCUUGGUCUCGUCAACAACGAACCGAAUGUUUCUCUCAACUAUUCGAAAAUACCAAAGUACACAGCCCCAGAUGAUGUGUAUUUGUCAGCUCGGCAGAUGGAAAUUAAUGGCACCAAUUUGACUUGGAGGGUACCAGUCGAUCUAGGAUUCAUGUAUCUGGUGAGGCUCCAUUUCUGUGAGUUUGAUCCAGGUAUUACCAAGGUCAAUGAAAGGCGAUUCGAUAUCUUUAUUGACAAUCGGACAGCUAAAUUGGGUUUCGAUGUUAUUGAAUCAAGCGGUGGACAAAGGACUCCCAUAUACAAUGAUUACAUAGUCACAACUGGGAAGAGGGUAGAGAACUCCGAUGAAGCUUAUAGGCUUUUCAUAACUCUGCGUCCAAAUCCUUCAAGUAUGUUCCCCGAUGCCUUCCUGAAUGGCUUAGAGAUUUUCAAGUUGAACGACUCGGACGGCAAUCUUGCCGGACCUAAUCCUCAAGUGUCUGUCCUUUCUCCACCAGCAACAACGGCUCCAACGUCGUCACCACCAGCCGAAAAGUCUAGCACUAAGAAAAUAUUACUUGUUGCCAUUGGUGGGAGUGUGAUGGGUCUGUUGAUCAUACUUUCUUUGUUGGGUUUCUUGAUUAUUUGGCGACUGAGGAAGAAGGAGCACCGCCAUUAUGGCUCUUAUUACAAAUCACUAAGCUGCUGCUGGAAGUUGAAUUCAGCAACUUAUGUAGGGAAGUCAUCGAGGACAACGGCUUCUUCACUGCCGCAAGAACUGUGCCGUCAAUUUUCACUAGAAGAGAUUAAAGCUGCCACGAAUGACUUCCAUGAGAGUUUGAUCAUUGGCACAGGUGGUUUCGGCAAUGUUUACAGAGGUGAUAUUGAUAAUGGAGCCAUGACUGUUGCAAUUAAGCGAUUGAAUCAAGGGUCCAGUCAGGGUGCUCGUGAAUUCAAGACAGAGAUUGAGAUGUUGUCCCAACUCCGCCAUGUCAAUCUCGUCUCACUGAUCGGAUAUUGCAUUCAUGGAAGGGAAAUGAUCCUAGUUUAUGACUAUAUGGUCAAUGGGAGUCUUCGAGAUCAUCUCUACGACAAAGUCAAUAAUCCACUUCCAUGGAAGCAAAGGCUUAACAUAUGCAUUGGAGCUGCUCGUGGACUGCACUAUCUCCACGCUGGUGCGGCGAAUAUUGUAAUCCAUCGAGACAUAAAGACGACCAAUAUUUUGCUAGACGAAAAUUGGGUGGCCAAAGUCUCAGAUUUUGGAUUGUCAAAGAUAGGUGUAAAUGACAGCGCAGUAAGCACCAACGUAAAGGGUACAUGGGGAUAUCUGGAUCCAGAAUAUGCAAGACGCAAUCAAUUGACAGAAAAAUCUGAUGUCUACUCAUUUGGUGUGGUGUUACUGGAAGUACUGUCUGCUCGAAAACCUCUCAACAAAAAAGUGGAGGAGGAACAGUGGAAUUUAGUCAAUUGGGCACGAAAAUGCAUCCAGAAUGAGAAUAUUCAUGUAAUAAUAGAUCCCCAUCUAAUCGGAAAAAUAGCUCCAGCGUGUUUCCAGAAAUUUAUGGAGAUUGCAGAGAACUGUGUCCGUGAUCAGGCGAUUGAACGACCCUCAAUGCAUGAUGUGAUGGAAAGGCUUGAGUUUGCAUUGGAGUUGCAACAGAGUGCAGAUGCUGAGAAGGAGAAAAUGAAUCCAGGCCAUGGUGGAGAUUAUGUGUAUCCUCCUCAAGUUUCGUUUCAUGUUUCUCGAUACACCAAUAUAGUUGGUGGAUCCCAGUUGGAUUGUUCAAGUAAUAUUUCAAUGGAUUUGGACACAGAUGCUACUGGACAGACUUAUCCUAGUGUUCUAUCCAGCACCCUAAUUUCUAGCCAUGGCUUCUCCGACACUAUCAACUCUUCUGAGAAAUAGCUCGGAAAGGUCGGUAAGAAAGAAUAAAAAUAGUUUUGCUUUCUGAUUAAAAAGUGUGCUGACAAAAAAUUGUAUCAGCUAAUCUAUCCAUUUUAAAAUAUCUUUAGAUUUUAAAAGAUUUUGUGUUAGAUAAAAAUUUUUAUUUGUGAAAUUUUCUAAUGAUUGUAUGUUUGAUAUUUAAAUAUAAUAUUAAAUCUGAUUAUUAUGAUUUUA